AUGUCAGAAGAGCUUAAAAAAGCAGUUUAUAUUCUUGCAACGAUCAAUCAGCAUAUAAAAUUUCCUUUCAAAAAUCCAUGUUUAAGCAAAAUUUUUCAAAAUGCUUUUACCUCAGGCAUUGAUAAUGAAGAUCUUAGACUACUUGAAAAAUACACAUUGCCAUUGCCAAGCUUUGAUAGCGCAUAUCAUAUUGUAAAGGAUAUCAUUAGAUUCCAGAAAUGAGAAGAUAUUUUUGCUUGGCCGAACAAAUUAUUGCAACCAUUUCAAGUAUCUGACAUACCUAAAAAAAUUCAAAAAGUUGCAUUUUUUUGCGUUUGCACUAAUAAGGAUUAUAUAGAGGAAAUAGAAGGCUACAACUUAAUUGUAAAACUUGUUCUACCUGAAGGGAUUUUACAAUGUAAAUACUGAGAAGAAUGAAAGAGCUGCUCAUCUUCUCAGGAAAUGGACAAAAAUAGUAAGCCUAAAAUCUAUUCCGCAAUUUUUGGCUUUGUUAAAAACUGAGGAGUGAUUCCAAAAAAUGAAGAAACGGCAGAGAAUGAAAUAGAAAAAGUGGAAGAUGAAGAAGCAAGAAUAGAAAAAAUUGAAGAUAACCCUCAAUAUUUUGAAGAAAAUGAUACUAAAAAUAUAAAUGCGGACCAAAUAAAUGAAAAAUUCAAACAAAUAGAAGAGCUAUCUAAAUGCAAACAAAGCAAUGAAAGCAAUGAAAGCCUCCAAGCUGAGCUAAUAAGAGUAAAAAUUGAAAAUAAAAAAGCGUGCAAUGAUAUAAGUGAAAUAAAAGCAAUGAUAGAGGACGUGAGAAAUUCUUUGAAUGAAAAAAUAGAUGAGACUAACAUAAAUUUAAAAAAAGUUUAA